UAGAACAUUGCUUGUAAAGAGAAGAAAUAGUUCAUUCUAUACAAAGACGCUAAAAUGGUCGGACUUAUGAUCUUUGCUUCUGUUUUCAUAGCUGCUAGUAUGGUACAUUUGUCGGUGGCAACUGAAGAAAUGUGCUCAAAAUUUUCGUAUGAAAAGGAAAUUAUUGCAAACAUGCUUAAAAUGGAACUCAAAGUUGAAGAAAUGAAGCAAGAUGUCAAGAAAAGAAACGAAGAUAUUGUUACAAUGCUUGAAGCUCAGAGAAAGGAAAUGGAAAAGUUUGCAAACGACUACAAAAAUCUUCGAGAUAUUCUUGUAGUUGUGAUGGAAAACAAAACGGCGACAGUUAACUCUUUUCUGGAGGAUAAAGCGGUAAACGUGUUAGGCGACAAGAUUUUAGAAGUUGAUGAUGCGUUGAAAAUAAUGACCGGAAAGGUUGAUGAUGUAUUAAAGGAAGCUGCUGAAACAGGAUUGACAAAGCCAAUCGUUGCAUUUUCAGCGCAUGUAGGGCCGACGAAACUGCAUAUACCUCAAAACCAAAUCAUUGUCUUCAGUUCCAUUAUAACCAAUGUAGGGAACGGAUAUAACAGUGCAUCUGGUAAAUUUGUAGCCCCUAUCGACGGCUAUUAUUUAUUGUCUUGUAGUCUCCUGUCUUGGUUAGGCGAAGAGUUUUGGGCUAGUAUUGAUGUUAACGACUCCAAGAAAGCACAUCUGAAUGAAAAGGGCGCUGAUUCAAGGCAUGGAAUGGCGAGUCAAACAAUCGUGGUCGGAUUGAAAGCAAAUGAUGUUGUAUCUGUUAAGAAACAUGGCAACACAGUUAACAUUCACGGUGGCGGAUAUUCUACUUUUAGUGGAGUUUUAAUUCGUUAAGAUCGUACUUUGAGUCUUUUUUAAUACUCAGAUAGUAAAUAUUUAAUUAAUCAUACCAAAAUGUCAUAUUUGUCUCGUUAAAUGUAUCUUGUUUUAGUUAAUAAUUUUAUUAUAUAAGUUGAGAGACCUAACAUACAAUAUAUUUAAUUGCAAAUCAAAGAUAUGAAAAUACACAUGUAGUUUUUUUGUAACAUAAACGCAACUAAUGUCAUUUUUAAGUUAUCCUCUUCCAAAAUGUCUAGUGACAUUGUUUCCUUUUGUAUAUAAUGUGAAUUCAAUAAUUCAUUUGAUGACCUCGUUGCCUUCAGUUAAUAAUGCCAUAACAACACAAAUAACAGAUGUAUUUUUUCUUUUGCUACAAAGGUAAUGAUUGUGUUCCUUUUAAUACUUUCAUUUGUCCCAAAUGCAUCUACCCUGCACCAGCCACCUUAUUAACAUUUUCAUUGGGUUUGUUACUUGUGACAAAAUCCAAAUGAAUUAUACCGAAUGAUUAAAUCAGCCUUUUGAAUUUGCAAAUUAAAUAAAAUUUACGCGGCAUCAUGAAUUCGCGACGCGGCCGAUUCGCGAAUAAUAGCGAAAAUUAAAACAUCGCGAAAAAUACCGGAUUUACAGUAUUAUUUUGUGAUUUGUUACAAUUAUAUUGUCUUGUUCACAUGUAACAGAGAUUUAUAAUAGAUGUAUUAUAGAUGCAUUAAACUUUAUUUAAGUAUA